GCUUGAUAAGUCGAUGUCGAUGUUGUUCUAUGUCAUGUGUGCUGUCGGCGUCCUGGUAUCGCUUGCGGCAUUCCUUUCCCUGGUGCUGUGGCUCUACCAUCUCUACCUCAUCGUGACGAGGCAGACUACCAAAGAGUUCCGCAAAGGCAUCGCCAACAUUGACGAGGAGCCGACCCUUUGCGCAGCUCGUGGUCCACAGCUCUUCGACCCUUGGGCUCUCGUGGAUCCCAAGGAGCUUCGCAACGCAAAGUCGAAGAGAAAACGCCUCUUUAACUGA